UACUGAUUUUUUGUUUGUUUGUUUGUUUGUUUCACAACACCACGGAAAUCGCUCACGUCCAACAGUUAGCAGCUUGGCUAACAUUUUACUUAGCCGUGACCGUGCCGGCAAGGUUCACCCGCUCACCACACCAGCCCACGGACCGUUGCAUCCCCCUCCUCACGCGCCCGCCAUUCAGAGCCCCGGAGGCGCAUGCGCGUGGAGGCGGACAUGGCGGCGGCGCUCGGGCUGUGGCGGAGCAGUGGCCGCGCCUCAGUCUCGCUGUUGAGGUUGCCGCUGCUGAGCGCGGCCCUGGGGCUCCCGGUUUGCAGGUGGAAAUCAUCAGUCAGUUUUCUUACUCGACCAGAUCGACCAAAUCUAGCCUACCGGAAGCUGAAAGGCAGGAAUCCAGGGGUUAUUUUCCUUCCAGGCUUGCGGUCGAAUAUGAAUGGUCAGAAAGCAACUGCCCUUGAAGAUUUCUGCAGCUGUCUAGGUCAUGCCUUUGUCAGAUUUGAUUAUACAGGAUGUGGAAGUUCACAGGGGAACUUUGAGGAGUGUACGAUUGGGAAAUGGAGAAAAGAUGUUCUGUCUGUACUGGAUGAACUUACAGAUGGACCACAGAUUCUGGUGGGCUCCAGCUUAGGAGGAUGGCUGAUGCUCCAUGCUGCAAUAGCACGCCCAGAUAAAGUAGCUGCUCUAGUUGGAGUAGCUGCAGCAGCAGACCAUCUUGUGACAGCCUUUAAGAGGCUUCCCAUUGAGGUACAAAAAGAAAUAGAAGAGAAAGGUGAAUGGAAGUUUCCAACAAAGCACAGCGAGGAAGGAUAUUACUCCUUGACCUACGACUUCAUUAGAGAAGCAGAAAACCACUGUCUGCUAAAUAGCCCUAUCCCUAUAAUGUGUCCCAUCCGUCUUAUUCAUGGCAUGAGGGAUGGUGAUGUCCCUUGGCAGAUCUCUAUGCAAGUUGCUGAUCGUGUUCUGAGCAAAGAUGUGGAUGUUAUCCUCCGCAAAGCUGGCCAGCAUCGAAUGAGUGAAAAGGAAGACACAAAACUUCUUGUGAAUACCGUUGAUGAUUUAAUUGACAAGUUGGCAACGCUAACGUAAUCUGCAGAGUAGCAUAAAUAGAUGAAGCCUACACCUGACUCUUUUCUGUCAGUAGCAGAAAUCCUGUUCUCACUGAGAUUAUUCUAGUGGUGUGACUAUCACAGUAGGAACAGAGCUCUACCUGCUGUUUCCUUACCUCUGUUUUGUAAAUACGAGUAUUUUUUUAAUGCUGCAUUUGCACAGAUAGACCAAAAUGUAAGGAAGUGCUGCUGCUGGGUGUAGAACCUCUGCUUUACCUCUUAAAUCUUUUUUUUCACAAGCUUCCUACCCUUUUGUACUGAAAUGCUCAUUCAGUUUUGUUACUGUUUGUACGGUACAACUUCAAUUUCCCAUGUUUUUGAUGCUGUUUCAGUACAGGUGUUUUGCUAUAAUGUCGUUGUAUUUCAUCUAUCUGUGCAAGGCAAUGCACAAUUUAAGUGUUUACUGAAAUUACUGAUACUAGAAAUAGUGAACAAUAUGAAGUAAACAGAUUCUUUGUCA